AUGCCGCUGACGCGAUCCAGCUGCUUCUAUGUGAGCUCUCUCUUCUUCCUCGUGGCCGUCACAGGAAUUUGCAUAUUUGCGUCCGCAUACGAUGUGGUCUUCCAGAUCUUCCAUCACCCCCAAACCGAAGAACCCGACUAUAAGAACCUCGCCGUCUUUGGCGGUAGUUAUGUCCUCCUGGGCUUGUUGGCGACGAUCUUUGGGUUCUCGCGAUAUGUGACUGUGAAAAUGGCACGGCAAGAGAUCCCAAAGACCUACAUGCCCAUCACUCACGAGGAUCUGCCCAAGGCUGUGUAUGAGUUUGUACAGUCGGAACUGGAUCGUGUGGCUCGGCUGGCCAAGAAGGCGACUCCGCUGUUGGAGGAUAGUGGACAACCAGGAUGGGGCAAACCAGAGAGCUCAUUACAGGAUACGCACUUCAAGACAUUCAUGGCCAGCACACCUCACUUCAUCGAGAGGGCGGCGGUAGCAUACUCCCCAGACUUGGCAAGGCCGCCCAACAUGUCAAUCUCAGCAUAUGUGCAUAUGCUAAUCGACCAGAAACUCAUCACACGCGACAUUGGACUGGAAUACAUUGCAGGAUAUGAACAGGCCCGCUUUGGAGGGCCCCGGAACGACACCUCCCCCGUCACCAUGUCGCCCUUCCAACCACAGCAGUUGCAGUCUCAACCUUCACAACGGCAUCAUCACAAUCAUCACAAUCAUCAUAAUCAUCACAAUCAUCACAAUCAUUACAGACAUCAUACCUCGUCGGGACGGCAUGUGAGGCAGUCUUCUGGGUUGAAUCCUCGACAUAGCCAACAGAGUCAGAGUCACAGUCAUCAUCCGAAUCAUGACCCGUCUACGGCAUCUACGAUAGGUGGGACGUCACAGCAUCUCCCGACUAUUGGAAGUAGUAUUGGCGGCGGCAGUGGUGGCAAUGGCACCGGUACUGGUAUUGGUACAGGAGGACGUGAGAAUCUGGAGGAGGAGGAUUACAUCCGGUUUAUGAAGGUGUUGAGUCGGAUCCUUCAGGAACUCGGAUGGGACCAAGCCGCAGAGGAGGCAUACGAGGAAGAGUUCCGAGCCCAGGAACGACAACGGGACGCCGAACAUCAACAACUCCAUCAGGCACAGUAUCAGCAGGAAGAAGUUUAUGAGAGGGGUCCGGGUGAGAGGGAGUUGGAGCAGACGACGGAUUAUUAUCAGAGUGAUGAGGGUGGGUCGACGAUGAUGUUGCAACCGAGGCGGAAACAGAGUCAACUCAGUGGUGAUAGUUAUUUCAUUGUUGGCAGUAGCCGUGACCUCGAGACCGAUCCUCAGUUCCAACCUCACCAGCAGCCUCCUUCACAACCAGGACAGGGGCUUCAGUCAUACGUGUAUCCGAAUGAAGGCGGCAGUCAGAACCAGAACCGGCGGGUGGGCAGCGCUAGUGUUGGCAUCAUAGGAAGUACCAGUAAUAACACAGGGGUCGGAAUCCCAGCAGGGGGAAGUGGAUCUGGGACGUUCCCGUCGGCGGGUCCACGGAAACUGUCGAGGAGCGGCAACAUGAGCACGCGCAGUCUUUUGACCAUGCGAACCAUGCGAACCGCCAGUAGCAUCAGGUCAUGGGAGCAACGGUCGUAA